AUGAAGGCCUCCACGGUUGUCUUCCCGCUCACCAUGCUCCUGGGUAGCGCCCUGGGUGUGGAUAUGAGCAAAUAUGAAGCCGAAGCAGGCGUUGAAGCUUCGUUCAAGCCCUUCCUCCAAGCUCUGUAUGCGUCUGCAGAAGACUACCAGUCCACUAACACGUUCACGGACUUUUUCGUCCCUAAGACGGGCCGUCUCAUCGUGCUCGAGAACAAUGCCGAGGGAGCUCAAGCCAUUGUCCAACUCAAGCAGGCGCUGCUCCCGACGACUGGCACCAAGCACUGGAACCACCUACCCAACAUCACCUCGGUGUACUCUGAGACUACCACCGAGAAGACAUACAACGUGUUCGGUCUCAUUCAGUCGAUAUUUGACGGUGGCAACUGUUCAGCCGCAUACUACUCUAGCCGCUUCACCGUUCUGAAAGACAGCAAGGGCAACGUUCGUAACCAGCCCCACAGUGGUAGCCUCGUGGCGUACGAUGAUUACGUCGUGAGCCCUUCCAAGUCGCCGACAGACAUUCCGUGCUGA